CCCCCAGCCCCAGCCCCGGAGGGAGCUCAUGGGAGUAUGAAGGAGAUGGUAGGAGGCUGCUGCGUAUGUUCGGACGAGAGGGGCUGGGCCGAAAACCCGCUGGUCUACUGCGAUGGGCACGCGUGCAGCGUGGCCGUCCACCAAGCUUGCUAUGGCAUCGUCCAGGUGCCAACAGGACCCUGGUUCUGCAGGAAAUGUGAAUCUCAGGAGCGUGCAGCCAGGGUGAGGUGUGAGCUGUGCCCACACAAAGAUGGGGCAUUGAAGAGGACUGACAAUGGAGGCUGGGCCCAUGUGGUGUGCGCCCUCUACAUCCCCGAGGUGCAGUUCGCCAACGUGCUCACCAUGGAGCCCAUCGUCCUGCAGUACGUGCCUCAUGAUCGCUUCAACAAGACCUGUUACAUCUGUGAGGAACAGGGCCGGGAAAGCAAAGCCGCCUCAGGAGCCUGCAUGACCUGUAACCGCCAUGGAUGCAGACAAGCUUUUCAUGUUACCUGUGCCCAGAUGGCAGGCCUGCUGUGCGAGGAGGAGGUGCUGGAGGUAGACAAUGUGAAGUACUGUGGCUACUGCAAGUACCACUUCAGCAAAAUGAAGACGUCCCGGCACUCCAGCGGGGGAGCAGGAGGAGGAGGAGCAGGAGGAGCAGGAGCAGGAGCAGGAGGAGGAGGCAGCAGCGGCAGCAGUGGUACCAGCGGUGGUGGAGGUGGCUCCGGGGGAGGCAGCAACAGCUUUCUUAGUGGCAGGAGAAGCCGGUCAGCCUCACCAUCCACCCAGCAGGAGAAGCACCCUACCCACCAUGAGAAGGGCCAGAAGAAGAGUCGAAAGGACAAAGAACGCCUUAAACAGAAGCACAAGAAGCGGCCUGAGUCCCCCCCCAGCAUCCUUGCCCCGCCUGUGGUUCCCACUGCUGAUAAGGUCUCCUCAGCGACUACUUCCUCCCACCAUGAGGCCAGCACUCAGGAGACCUCUGAGAGCAGCAGGGACUCAAAGGGGAGAAAGUCUUCCAGCCAUAGCCUGAGUCAUAAGGGCAAGAAGCUGGGCAGUGGGAAAGGUGUGAGCAGUUUUACCUCCGCCUCCUCCUCCUCUUCUUCCUCUUCCUCCUCCUCCUCUUCUGGGGGGCCUUUUCAGCCUGCAGGCUCAUCGCUGCAGAGCUCUCCUGACUUUGCAGCCUUCCCCAAGCUGGAGCAGCCUGAGGAAGACAAGUACUCCAAGCCCACGGCCCCCACGCCGCCAGCUCCUCCCUCACCCACGAUCCCUGAGCCCCCCAAGGCUGACCUCUUUGAACAGAAAGUUGUCUUCUCUGGCUUUGGGCCCAUCAUGCGUUUCACUACCACCACCUCCAGCUCCAGCCGGGCCCGAGCCCCUUCACCUGGAGACUAUAAGUCUCCCCAUGUUUCAGGGGCUGGAGCCUCAGCAGGCACCCAUAAACGGAUGCCUGCACUGAGUGCCACCCUUGGGCCUGCUGAGGAGGCCCCUGAGACUACCCUGAAAGAGAAGAAACACAAAGCCAGCAAGAGGAGCCGACAUGGGCCAGGCAGACCCAAGGGUAGCCGAGGCAAGGAGGGUGCUACAGGCCCGACCGCCUCCCUUCCUGCAGCUCAGCUGGCUGGCUUUACUGCCACUGCAGCCUCACCCUUCUCUGGGGGUUCCCUGGUCAGCUCUGGCCUGGGGGGUCUGGCCUCUCGUACCUUUGGGCCUUCAGGAAGCUUGCCCAGCUUGAGCCUGGAGUCACCUCUACUGGGGGCAGGCAUCUAUACCAGUAAUAAAGACCCCAUCUCUCACGGUGGAGGGAUGCUGCGGGCUGUCUGCAGCACCCCACUCUCCUCCAGCCUGCUGGGGCCCACAGGGACCUCAGCCUUGCCCCGCCUCAGUCGGUCCCCAUUCACCAGCACCCUCCCGUCCUCUUCUGCUUCGAUCUCCACCACUCAGGUGUUUUCUCUGGCUGGUUCAACCUUCAGCCUCCCUUCAUCCCACAUCUUUGGAACCCCCAUGGGUACUGUUAACCCUCUCCUCACCCAGGCGGAGAGCAGCCACACAGAGCCAGACCUAGAAGACUGCAGCUUCCGGUGUCAUGGGACCUCCCCCCAGGAGAGUCUCUCUUCCAUGUCUCCCAUCAGUAGCCUCCCUGCGCUCUUCGACCAGACAACGUCAGCGCCCUGUGGGAGUGGCCAGUUAGACUCCACAGCCCCUGGAACAACCAACAUGGAGCAGCUGCUGGAAAAGCAGGGUGACGGAGAGACUGGUGUCAACAUUGUCGAGAUGCUGAAGGCCCUGCAUGCACUGCAGAAGGAAAACCAGCGGCUGCAGGAGCAAAUCCUUAGCCUGACGGCUAAGAAGGAGCGACUACAGAUCCUUAAUGUUCAGCUCUCUGUACCCUUCCCUGCCCUGCCUGCUGCGCUGCCAGCCACUAACGGCCCUGUCCCUGGGCCCUAUGGACUGCUUCCUCAAGCUGGCAGCAGUGACUCCCUGAGCAUCAGUAAGAGCCCGCCUGGGAAGAACAGCCUUGGCCUGGACAACUCCCUGUCCACAUCUUCCGAGGACCCACACUCAGGCUGCCCGAGCCGCAGCAGCUCUUCGCUCUCCUUCCACAGCACGCCCCCACCGCUGCCCCUGCUCCAGCAGAGCCCCGCUACUCUGCCCUUGGCCCUGCCUGGGGCUCCUGCCCCACUCCCACCCCAGCCACAGAACGGGCUGGGCCGGGCGCCCGGAGCAGCAGGGCUGGGAGCCAUGCCCAUGGCUGAGGGGCUGUUGGGUGGGCUGGCAGGCAACGGGAGCCUGCCCCUCAAUGGGCUUCUGGGAGGGUUGAAUGGGGCUGCUGCUCCCAACCCUGCGGGCUUGAGCCAGGCUGGCGGGGCCCCCACGCUUCAACUGCCAGGUUGUCUCAACAGCCUGACAGAGCAGCAGAGACACCUCCUCCAACAGCAAGAGCAGCAGCUGCAGCAGCUGCAGCAGCUCCUAGCCUCUCCACAGCUGACCCCAGAGCACCAGACUGUGGUCUACCAGAUGAUCCAGCAGAUUCAGCAGAAGCGGGAGCUGCAGCGGCUGCAGAUGGCUGGGGGCUCCCAGCUGCCCAUGGCCAGUCUACUGGCUGGAAGCUCCACCCCACUUCUGUCCGCGGGCACCUCUGGCCUGCUGCCCACAGCAUCAGCCCCACCCCUGCUGCCUGCUGGAGCCCUAGUGGCCCCUUCACUGGGCAGCAAUACAAGUCUCAUGGCUGCAGCGGCUGCGGCCGCAGCAGUGGCGGCGGCAGGCGGACCUCCAGUUCUCACUGCUCAGACCAACCCCUUUCUCAGCCUUCCUGGGGCAGAUGCCAGUGGGAAUGGCCCCAAAGGAGGGACCGCUGACAAAGGAGCCUCAGCCAGCCAGGAAAAAGGCUAACUCUACCCUGCCCCUCCUGACCCCUAGUUGGCUCAAGAGUCCUUGCCUGGAGUGGGGCACCUGGGCCCAGACUCUGGAGAGCAGGCCCAGAGCCUGUGCUGAUCCGCAGGGAGUAUGUAUGUGCCUGGAGUUCCAGGUGCUGAGGAGAGAGACUGGAGGGAUCCCUUCCACCUGGCCCACCCCCUCACUGCACUGGCUGCUUCAGAGAGGAUCUGAGGAGGACAGGUUCCUAGCCUGCCUAGGGGCCCUCAUCCUCCCCAGAUGCCUAGGGGCCCCCAAAGAGCAAAAUAGGUCUUGGCAUAAGAAGUGGAGGGUUGGACCUACCACAUAAACCAAUCAGCACUUGAAUGGGGAAGGUGAAGGGUGGGCCCCCUGGCCUAUCCCAGUGUGGAAAUUCCUUAUGGAAAAAGGGCUGGUCCCACCUGACCUUCAGUUUCUUCCCAGCAGAAGGGAUGCAUCCCUUUGUUUCUUAUCACCCCUCCCCGCUGAUGGUCACAAGCUGAGCUUGGAAAAGCCUACAGAUGUGGGGGGCUGAGGAAGGGCAGGAUAGCACCUCUUGGGGCCGCCCCCCACCCCUGAUGGGGCUGGGCGGGGAAGUCCCUUGCUGUCCUUGGUGUCCUGCCCCUUUUUGCACUAUUGGCUUGAGGAGUGCCGAGGGUGGGGAGAGGGAGCUGCCUGACUCCACAGAUCGUGAGUGUGUGUGUGUGUGUGUGUGUCUGUCUGUCUGUGUCUCUGUGUGUGUGUGUAUGUGUGUGUGUGAGAGAGAGAGUCAGUCUGUUUAACCUGUCUGUCUGUCAGUUCUUCCUCUGGACCUGGGGCAGCCAAGGGCAAGGACAGGAGCAGUGGCCAGUAUGGGAGCAAGAGCUUCCAGCUCUUGUACUCUCAACCCCUCACUAACUCUGGCCCUUUUCCAGGGCAUGAAUGGUUAACUUAUUAAAAAAACAAAAAAACAAAAAACAGACCAGUACUCCAGUAUUGGAGAAUUCUUAGGGGCUGGGGGCUCUGAAUCAGGGUAAUAUCCUACCUUCCUUCCCCUGGACCCCACUCCAUCUCAGGGCCCCCUCAGGGCCUCCUCCCCCACUGUUAGUUUGAUGGUCCUGGCACAAGAGCUUGGGGAGGGGUUAAGAGUCACUUCUUUGUAGCAGAAGUGCCCCUCCCGGCAGUAGGUAGCCUGCCUCUUGAGUCCUUCACCAGCUAGUAGAGCCACUUACGCUAACCACUGUCCCUUCACCCACCAGCUAUUUCCCAGGGUGUAGUAAUAGGCGGCAGAGACUUUCUGCCCAGGGCAGUAAUGAAAAAUGUUGAGUGGGACACAGCACUGCCACGGGAGUCUGUGUCCUUUCGGUUGCACUGGCUGGGACUGAGGGUCAGUCCCGGUUCCCUUGCUCAUGUCUGUGGGUCUCUCUGCAUGUGUGCAUUUUGGUGUGUUUAUGUUUUCAGUUUCGUUUUGGGGGUUUUUCGUUAAUUUUUUUUUUGAAUAAAGAAAAGAUGUGUAUAUUUUUGGCAAGGACAGAAAUGUAGUGCAGAUAUA